AAACAUUAACAAAAGAUGUCCUAUAACUAAACAGCAUUGCAUUGGAGAUAGGCCUGGCAAUGCGACAUUAGCAUUGCAUUAGCUUUGUGCUAGCUUACCGUUUCGCCUUGUGACGUCGAAUAUGUGGGACAGCUCGAGCUCUUGUUUUUACUUUUUUUCCACGGUUUUGCAGGCGAUAUUCUCUGGAGAUAAAUAGUUUAGUUUUAUAUCCGUGCUGCGACUGGUUAACAGAAACUAAUUUAGCAAUUUUAGGCUCCGUCGGACCUGAAAACCCAGUUUCAUGCUGUAACGUUACACGAGUAUAUUUUGGCUUCUAGUUAGUUUACAUACUUUGGACUUUCAGUGUGUGACGUUAGUGCGUGCAUGUUUUCUUUUUGUAGCUGUCCUCCAAUUUCCUGUUUCUGCUUUGAAACCGAGCAGCCACAAUGCAUAUUAAAGAGGAGACGAUAGCAAUUUUAAAGCAGUUUGACAGUGGGAACAAGUUCUCCUCUCUGUCGGUGCUGCCCAAAGCCUCGGUGCUGAUCCCACUGGUUGUGAAGAAUGGAGAGCUGUGCACCUUGAUGACCCUGCGUUCAAAAGAGCUGAGGACCAGCGCUGGUGAGGUGUGUUUCCCUGGCGGGAAGAGAGACCCCAGUGACAGAGAUGAUGUAGACACGGCUCUGAGAGAGGCAGAGGAGGAGAUAGGUCUACCACCUGAUGAUGUUCAAGUGGUCUGUAGACUGGUCCCGCUCAUCAGUAAGAGUGGUCUGUUGGUGACCCCGGUGGUUGGCUUCAUAGAUGAGUCAUUCUGUCCCUGUCCAAACCCAGCUGAGGUCAGUGCCGUGUUCACAGUACCUCUGGAGUUCUUCACCAGUGACGAGGACCACGAUGCUAUCCACAGUGUUGCUGGGAUGAUGGGGUCGCUGCACUCUUUUUAUUUUGUGGACCCUGAUUCAGGAAGCCAGUAUCACAUAUGGGGCCUCACUGCCGUGUUUGCCAGACUGGUUGCUACCCUUGUUCUCAGGAAAAAACUUGAGUUUGAUGUUGUUUUUGACCCUGAGAAUCCGCUAGCCUUCUUCCUACAGAUUCUAUAUAGAAGAACUAGUAAACUAUGACCAGGUGUUUUUACUGAUGUUAGUAUAGCAUUUGUGCCAAUACAAAAUACCUGAAACCAGAUUUGUUAUAAAUUACUUGCAUGCAAUAUUUAAAAGAUUAAUAUAAAAACCUUUCAGAGUUUUUUUUUUUAAUAACAAGUGUAUCUAAAACAUAAGAGGGGGGAGAAAAGAAAUGAAUCAAGACAUUUAUAUUUUUAUUAAUUUAUUUUAAUGUAGCAGCAGGAUUACAGAUAUAAACAGAAGAGUAUACAAUGUCCAGACCCAAGGCAAGGUACAUGUUAAUAGUUCAGAUGUAUGAUAACACACUGGGGUUGACCUUUAUCCUGACUGCAGGGUCUUAAGGCUAGAUACUAAAGCUCAAGCUACACAGAACGGAUACAACAGAACUGUUGGAGAAUGUGAAAUAGAAAGCGAACUAGGUAAAAUGAGCAAACUGAUUACACACAAGAUACAGCUCACACUAUUGGCAAUUAACAGUUAAUUUAUCAUGGUUGCUCCUUUUGAUCAAGCAUUUCACAGCAACAAUAGUAAUGUUGACAAGCACAUCAACACAAGAAAGCUCUCCAUAAAACAAUCUCCACGGUCUCGUCCCUUUUACCUCACAUGUACAAAUCUCACGAGGCAUGAAAACAUUUUCAACAGAAAGUCACAAACAAGUUGACAAUUCACUGGUGAAGUUGCACAAUAUUAUGUUGAGAGUACUCACUCUGAUAUCCUGCAAUGGAUUUCCAAAGAGAAAAUGUUAAAACUUAAAUAAAUCUGUCUGUAUGGGCUAUGGUUAUGCUUGUGUUUAGAAAUAAAAAUGCAAUCACUGAAAAGUGUCCUGAUGUUAAACAGUCCUAGAGAAUAAAAAGGACAAGGAGCCAAAUAGCAAUGACACAAAAGGGACACCAGUAAACACAGCAGAGUAACAGUUAAGUUAUCAAGGCACACAAAGUUCUGUUGAAAGCAUCACAAUUGAAGUUCAAGAUACCCCUGCAGUAUAUUUCACAUUUAAAUAUACAUGGAUAUUCAUUUACAUGACUUAAGGACAAAACUGAUAUUUUGUAAAGAUUUGUGUGCUAUCUCCACCACCAUUAAAUUAAUGUUUCACAUGUUUUUUCAGGUGGAAGUGGCUAUUCGAAGAGUCAGACUGAGCAUCCUGGAUUGCUCAAAAAUGAAACUGGAUGUGAAGAAACAUGAAAGUACACCAAAAUCCAAGACAAAACAAUCUGACAAAUGUACAGUAAUACAAAUGACAGUUGCUGCUGCUGCCACCCACCCACCCUCUGUGCCUCAAAAUAUAUGUUCUCUACAACUGUAAUUGGUCCGAUGUUAGAUGUAGAGCAAGCUCUAUGUCCACACCAUGAGGUAACAUUUACAUUCAUGAAACUGAAGUCACAGGUUGGCUUUCUGUGUUGGUAUGGCUUUAAGAGGCAUUACUGUUCCGCAAUUCUUCCGCAAUAUAAUGUGCUCUUAAACUCCCCAAGAGGAAUGGAAUGCUUGGAAACAUCACUACUGCGCUCUAACCUGAUCUACAGUUAAUGGAUGAGUCAAAGUGCCAUUUGAGAUGCAUGACAUUAAAAACAAACAAAAGAAAAAAACACACACACACACACACACACACACACACACACACACACACACAAGAAAAACCUAGCCCGUGUAUUAUGUUAUACAGGUUGGGUAAAGUCAGUGUUAGAACAGUUGAAUUAAGUUCCAACAUAUUUGCUUGAUGUCCACUUAAUUACAUUUCUAAUUUCAGUCCCACACUUCACAAUAAACCUGCGCUUCAUUUCAGGAAAACAUACCAGCAAUGAUAUUCUGUGCUAUAAGCAUAAACCAAAAAGUUUAGUUUUACAAAAAUACUCUACAUUUUGAUACAUGGAUACAAAAUUCUAAAAAAGAUAAGUUACUUCAAAAUGGAUCACUAACAGCUGCAGGACAAAAUAGUAUGACUAUGAAAAUGUAAACAAAUGCAUAUGUGAGCAAUACUACUCUAACAUUUGAAUUAUUCUCAAAAAGUGUCUAUUUGAUCAUGCUAAAUUGGCUACUGUUGUAGAUAUGGAAAGUACAGCAGUGUUAUUUUGCAUCAAAAAAUAGAGUAAUGUAUCAAAUUGGUGGAAAUGUUAAUGAGAGGUUAACUGAUCCAUGAAACAAAGUACCUUUACACAUCUUUUAUACAUUUUGUACUUAAAACAUGCUGAAUUACUAUCCAUGUCAGAGCUGCAUAAUUUAAAUGAGUACAAAUGAGUAAACAUUAUGAGGGCAUUUGCGAGGAAAAGUAUGAGACAGGUUGACGACGAUUCACAACAGGAGCUUUGGUAUGUCUGGGAGCACUCCAGUCUGACCCCACAACAGCCAGCUCUCUAGACUCAACUCUGCUUCAAAACUAACAAUGUCAGUGCUAUUGAUAUAAGUAUAAACUGGUAUGUACUAACAUCACAUCAGAAGUGCCCAUCACUCCUGCACACAGCACCAUAGAUAAGAAUCAAAAUGGCGGCCUCUAUGUAACAGAGAUUUCAUUUACCAGUGAGCCCCUGUUCACAACACAGGGGACGGGUACUGGAUGCCAACUUCACAUUGCGCCGGCCUGCACACGGUACCAACACUGAGACAAAAACUUAAAUAUCUAAACAAUACAAGGUAAAACAGUCUUAAGUGACAGAUUGUACAGUAAAUAGUACAAAUAGCAAUACGAUGAAAAAUCCUUCAUUUCAAUGCACAAACUAAAUGAAUUGGUAUUUUAGGGAUUUUGUCAGUGUGUAAAACACAAAGGCCUACUUUCCACUCCAACACUGACAAAUGACAAUGCUUUUGUGUGAAUGGCUGUUUGUUUAGACAUACUUGACUGGACCACUGAGACUGAAUACAAAGAGGAAUUCAACAGUGAGUAGACAUUCUAUACAAAGUUGUCAUAAACCUCAAAAAUAUUCAGACAUGAGAAAAUGUAGAAAUGCUAGGUUAAGAUGCAUUUACCUUUACAAAGACAACUGCUGUCUUGUUUUUUUUAACUGGACGUUUCCGAGUACAAAUUCAGCUGGGUCAGUAGAGAGCUGUAGACGGAUAUAAGGAUUAGCUAGAGGUUAUAAAGUGCUUGAGAUAAAAUGUUUAUAAAACCACACAACACUCCAUUUUCACCAGUGGAAAGUUUCUUUCUAUCCACAUUAAAUUGGUAAAGGUUAACAACUUCUUCAAAACACAAAAAGAUACACACACUACAUAAUUGAAUGCUUCUUUAAAUUUCAGCAAGAAGGCUUUUGCAAACCCAUUAAUGAGGCCUUAACCUAUGAAAACACUGGGUGGUGCCAAAACAAAAGGCCAAGUCACAUUAUUCACCAGGGUGAAUCUCAUUUGCGAGUGAUUAAGAGUCCCUCCUCUUUCUGCAAUACCAGAAUGUAUUUAUACCCAUUUUGGUGAGUGACUUCAUUUUUGUGAAGUUGAUCAAUAUUUAAACUCUCCUCCUCCUCCUGACGGUCUGCUCAGGUGCCUACUCCAGUCAUGCCAGCAAAUAUGGAGGCAAAACAUUCUACAAAUGUACUUAAUUUAAUAGUCUUUACUCUUAGAGUAGAUUUUAGUCAAAUUGUUGACAUAUGAAAACACAUUGUUUAAUUAA